UGAUGGAAAGAUAAACAUGUGAGAGUCAUUGUGCGUCAUCAUUUUAGGGUGUGUUCUUCAACAGGGUCUAUAUAGAUUGGUGAUCUCUGUCAGUGAACACACAAAGCAUCACUGCAUCCACCUGUUACACACAACAAAUUAAGUCUGAGCUUCUCACUCAGAGCUUUCAUCUCAAAAUUACAAAAAUGCAGGCUGAGGAAUACAACCGCAGAGGUAAGGAGCUGGUGGACUACAUCACACAGUACCUGAGCUCCAUCAGGGAGAGGAGGGUGAUUCCAGAUGUAAAGCCAGGUUACAUGAAGGAGCUUCUCCCUGACACUGCGCCGUCAGACGCGGAGGACUGGGAGAGCAUCUUCAACGACAUCGAGAAGGUCAUCAUGCCAGGAGUGGUCCACUGGCAGAGCCCUCACAUGCAUGCAUACUACCCCAGUCUGACUUCAUGGCCCUCCAUGCUCGGGGACAUGCUGGCCGACGCCAUCAACUGUGUUGGAUUCACCUGGGCCUCCAGUCCAGCUUGUACAGAACUGGAGAUGAAUAUGUUGGACUGGUUGUGUAAAGCACUGGGGCUGCCCUCCUUCUUCCUGCAUCACCACCCUGACAGCAGAGGUGGAGGCGUGCUGCAGAGUACGGUCAGUGAGAGCACGCUGGUCGCUCUGCUGGCAGCCAGGAAGGAUAAAAUACUGCAGCUGCGGACCGAGCUUGACCAGGAUGUGGACGACUCAGUCUUGAAUUCAAGACUGGUGGCCUACGCUUCAGAUCAGGCUCAUUCCUCAGUUGAGAAGGCAGGUCUGAUCUCCUUGGUGAAGAUCAGGUUUCUGCCCACUGAUGAGCAGCUGUCCCUGAGAGGAGACACUUUGAGACAAGCCAUACAAGAGGACAGGUCGAGGGGACUGGUGCCUUUCAUGCUUUGUGCAACGUUGGGCUCUACAGGAGUGUGUGCCUUCGACAACCUGUCUGAGCUGGGACCAGUUUGUUCAGAGGAGGGAGUGUGGCUCCACGUAGACGCUGCCUACGCUGGCUCAGCCUACGUCUGUCCUGAGCUCCGCUGGUCUCUGGAGGGCAUCGACUUCGCUCACUCGUUUGUCUUCAACCCUGCCAAGUGGAUGAUGGUCCAUUUUGACUGCACAGCAUUCUGGGUGAAGGACAAAUAUAAGCUGCAGCAGACGUUCACUGUUGAUCCUGUUUACCUCAGACAUGAGAACUCACAGGCAGCCACAGACUACAUGAACUGGCAGAUUCCCCUCAGCCGACGUUUCCGUUCCAUUAAACUCUGGUUUGUUUUGCGCUCCUUUGGACUGAAAAACCUCCAGGCUCAUAUCAGACACGGGAUUGAGAUGGCAAAGCUCUUGGAGUCUCACAUAAGGAGUGACACAAACUUUGAGGUUCCUGCUGUGAGGCACCUUGGCCUGGUGGUCUUCUGUCUGAAAGGAGGAAAUGAUGUGACCCAGGAGCUGUUGAGGAGACUGACCCGGUCAGGCUCCAUGUACCUCAUCCCAGCAGACAUUCACAACAAACGCAUCAUCAGGUUCACGGUGACCUCACAGUUCACUACAGCAGAGGACAUCCUGGAGGACUGGAGCAUCAUUUCAAAAACGGCCUCUGCUCUUCUGGCUGAGACACAGGCACUGAAUAACGCAGACCGACCAAAAUCAGGGAGAGAUGAGGUGACAGGAACUGAAGGAAACCAACAGUCAGACUCAGGCAGCAGGUCGGAGGAGAGAGAGGAGACGGCCCCUGGGCUGGACAAGGCUCAAGUGGAGCUGUGGCUCGACAAGGCCUGGAAUCCUACCAGGAGGCCAAUGCGCUCUCUCAGCUGCAGCAGCGAGCCUCUGCCUUACACUUACUUCAGGCCAACGUCUGGCUAUGACUUUGAACCAAAGCCUAGUCUUAAAGAUGCUACGGGCGGCGUCCCCACGCCACCAACAGCUGGACCUGACACUGUGAUUGAGAUUACUAAGAUGCCUUCAAAUCUUCUGGGCAGACAGGUGCUGAAGAAACUGACAAAGUUCUACAGCGUACCCAGUUUCUGCAACCAGUGGGUUCCGUGUGGCCGGCACCAGGUGUGCUGCCCGCUGAAGGUUUCACAGACUACACAAAAGCACCUGACCUCCACCUGCAGGAGGACGAACUGUUUGUCUUCUUCUCCUGUGGCCAACACAGCUCCCUCUCCGGCUCCACUGGAGGGUGCCACCGCACCGAAGCUCCUGAAUUGAUCCAGUGUACAGAAGAAAAUUUCAGCUAUUGGUAAUUAAAGAGUUGACUAAUAUGUGCUGAUGCUGAGUCAGCACUGUAUCAAUGACUUAGGAUUGAUUUGCUCAUUUGCAAUCAUGUUUUAAAAAUAUUUUUUAUUAAAACGCAUUUCAAACCUUUCUGUGUAGUUUAACCGUGUCUGUGAAUAUGUUGUGUUUAUGUCUGAACAUCAAUCCCCUCCCUCCUCUCUUUGUCACCACACGUCUCUUUUCUUUUUUCGGGGCAGCUUAAUGUGCCACAUUCUUUUCUUCAAGCACUUUUCAUCGCUCAGCCCAUUUCUCGUAUAAGCCGUCACCAGGAGCGCUGAAAUUUGUAGCUUUGUCUGUGCCAUGAUUGGCGGUAAACAGGAGGAUCCUGCUCCCUGAGAGUUCCCUGAGCAGACAGGGCCGAGGCUUUAUGGAGUUCUCUGUCCUGAUUGGAUGAAGUAGGCAGGGAUACCAGAAAAUGCAUUUUCUUUAUUAGUGCAUGUGCAGGGAGAGGAGAGACAUGGGUUACUGAACGCACCAAUCAGUGGAAUACAGACCUGUUUAACACCUAUUUAAAUAAGAAAAUAAUGUUUACAAUGCUUUAAGCUUGAUUUGUUACGUCCCCUCAUCCCGUCCAUUUCAGGACACAACUUAUUGUCUGUCUGUCUGAGGUCAGGUCUUCAUGAUAGUGUCACAAAUGUGCAAGAUCCAGUCAUGAAACUUCACAAGUGUGUAGUUGAGAUCAAAAUAAUGACUGGGUGUGAAGAUGGGUUCUUACACAUGAGUACUGAGUACUAAUGUAUGAUCUUUGAACUGCGAUAUCCCUUUUUAUUCUUAAAAAAUAUAUCAAAAACUUAUAUUUUUAAUUCGACUGAAUGUGGAGGAACUGCAUCAAUUUUACUCUUUCAGUUCAAUUAUUCCAUUUUAUUUUUUUCUCUUUUUUCUGCUUUUUUUCUUUAAUUUAUUGCAAUUUCUGCUCAUUAUCAUCCUGUUUUCUUUUAUCCUGUCUUUGUUAAGCACUCUGGGCUGCAUCUUUGUAUGAAGUGUGCUAUAUAAAUAAAGUUAUUAUUAUUAUUAUUAUUAUUAUUAUUAUUAACCCUUAUAGCUGUGGCUCAGAAUGCAAAUGGCCCGUGUGGUCUAGUUGGUACGUACUGUAUGUACAUUUAAGUUUAUGUAUAAUUAUUCUAUUUAUAAUUCAUCAUUUUAUUUCAAGUACAUGUGCAUGUAUCUGUAUGGAGAUGCCCCUUUAUCCUUUUUAUCCUAACAGAGACCUAUUGUGUUUUUGAUUUCUCUUUCCUUCAGUGUUUUAUUUAUGUUCUUGUGCAUGUUAAAGAUCUUGAAAGUAAAAAAAAAAUCAGUUCCUCUCUACCACAGAAAACAAUGCUCCUGAAACGCCUCGUCAUAGUCCCACCUUUAAUCCUGUGACUUUGUGACAUCACACCAUGUCACACAUUUGUGUUAUUUAUGCCCAGCGUUGGUUUGGUAUGUAAGAACUGAUUUAGCACAGCAAUGUUGUUUGCUG